AUGUACACCGCUAUAAACGCCUGGAAGGAAGAGCAGAAUGAAUGUACUAGAUAUUACGAUAUAUCUAAUUAUAAUGGCUGCAUCCCCAAGCCAAUCACAAAAGGGGAAAAAGCAGCCACGCAUAGACAAGCCCUGUCUCAGACAACUUGGGAAAAUUUUACCACCUCCUCGACAAAAGAGCUACUAGGCUCUCUGCUGGAUACAUACAGCUUGUACCAGAUACCCAGAAAUGGAAGUGAUCCCCUUCUGGUGACUAUCACCGUAUCUGUAUCCAAUGUGCUAAACGUGUCAUGGUAUAACAAACAGCUGGCAUGGGAUGAGACAGACUUUCCCUUCUCCUCCAUCACGGUGCCUUGGGAUUCGGUGUGGACUCCGUCCCACUCAGUUCGAGAAGCGUUUGAGGUAGAAUGGACUACUGCAUCCCCUGAUGUGGUUCUGCACAGUGAUGGAAAAGUGGAGUUUCAGCUCUCUCUGCGCAUUGACAGCAACUGCAACUUUGAUCUCUUCUACUUCCCACGCGAUAAGGCACAUUGUACUUUGAGCUUCUUCUUUAUGGACAACACAGUCAAUGAGCUGGAAUUCAAAGUCUCCACAAAAAAUGAAAUUCUGAAUGUAAAACGUGAAUAUCUUGUCACUGGUGUGAAUGCCACAAGCCAAUGGGAUACGCUGCAAGUGCAACCAUUGUUUGUAGUGAUGAUAGAUUUAGAAAACACUGGGAUACGGACAAUCCUUUCCUUGAUUGUGCCGAGCAUUGCUCUCAUGAUAGCUGAUCUCUGUGGCUUCCUCCUCCCUCUCAAAGACAGGCCAUCUUACAUGGUCACUUUGUUGCUGGCAUAUCUGGUCUUCCACGCCUCGCUGGUUGGUUCCCUUCCAGGGGCAUCGUCCUGCAACCCCCUGCUCAGUUAUUAUUAUAUUGGCCUCCUGGUGCUAUUAUUCCUCAGCACAAUUGAGACGAUUUUGGUGACAAAGUUGGUUGCAGACAAUCAUGAUCGCCAACUGAAGCAUAUAUUUCGAGGGGCCACAGCUACCACCACAUCAGCCAAAAAUGAGAGUGACCGCCCAGAAGAUAAAAAUUCUAGGAUGAAUGACUAUGGGACAGAAAAAGAAGAGUCAAAUCUCAAUCAAGUUCCAGCAACUUUGGACAGGCUCUCCUUCUUCAUCUUCUUAGGACUAGUUGUUAUAUUUCAUUUACUGUUCGCAGGACUUUGGCUCCUUUGGAAAUGUGAAUCUGAGAAGCCUCCUGGAGAAGGCCACCUAGAUGGCAUCAAAAACAGACAAGGAUGGUAA